AUGAUUUUGACGUACUAAACUGGUGGAAGGGAAAAGAAAGAAUGUUCCCGGUUUUAGCAAAGAUGGCUAAGCAAGUGCUAUCAAUGCCGGUUUCAACGGUUGCUGUGGAACAAGAAUUUAGUUCGGCCGGCAAUGUUCUAACACAAACCAGAACGAGGUUGAGCGCUGAAUCUCUUGAGAUGCUUAUAUGCUACCACGAUUGGUUGAAAGCAGCACGUAGAGCUCAAGAAAUUGACAUCACUCCAUCCCAACACUUUAUGGAUGAAUCUACAGAGGGUAGCUCUACUUAUGCCAGAGAUUCCGAUUAAAAACAAUUAUAGUUCCUAUUUAAUUUUCAAAUGUAGUUCCUAUUUCAUUUCAAAUAAAUGCACUUGAAGUUUGUUUUUUAA